AUGUACUCAUUACUGCUUAAUCAAAAUUCAGAUAUAGAUUACUGGAAAGUGUGUAACACAUGUAAUGAAACAAGCAACACCUUCAUCCAGGUCUCUAUUCUAAGAAGCCAGUGUACUUACAUUGGAGAAAACAAUUACAAAUGUAGCAAAACACAGAAGAACUCCAGCUCUGGUUGCAAUAUGAGAGAACAUCAAUGUGGCCAUUGUGCACAGAACUCUUACAGAGAUGAUGAAUGUGGAAACGCCUUUCCUCAGUGCUCAAAGCUGAUGAUCCAUCCAAGUACUCAGGGCCAAGAGGUGCCUUGCAAAUGUGAGGAAUGUGAGAGAGCUUCUAACCCAACGGCUAGCCUUCCUCAAUACAGUGGAGCUUAUCCUGGAAGGGAGCCCCCUAAAUUUAAGGAAUGUGUCCAAACAUGGAGUUGCUCACCCCUUUCUAAACACAAGUACCAUAGCAGUGAUCAACACUGCAAAUUUAAAGAAUGUGGCAAAACUUUUAAUCUAGGACCUCCCCCUGUUAAACACCACAGAACUCAUAGUGGAGAGAAACCCUACAAAUGUGAAGAAUGUGGCAAAUCCUUUAAUAAUUGCUCAACCCUUUCUAAACACCUGAGAUGGCAUAGCAAUGAGGAAACCUACAAAUGUAAGGAAUGUGAAAAAGUUUUUAAGAAUUUUUUAGUCCUAACUCAACACCAAAGUAUUCAUACAGGAGAGAAGCCCCACAGAUGUGAACAAUGUGGGAAAUGUUUUACUCAAAAAGUAUAUCUUACUAAACACCAGAGAAUUCAUGCAGGAGAGAAGCCCUAUAAAUGUCAGGAAUGUAACAAAGCUUUUAAGGAUCAUUCAACCUUUACCAAACACCAGAGAAUUCAUACAGGAGAGAAGCCCUACAAAUGUGAGACAUGUGGCAAAGCUUUUACUUUCGGAUCAAGCCUUAUUAAGCAUCAGAGACUUCAUACUGGAAAGCAUCCCUACAAAUGUGAAGAAUGUGGGAAAGUUUUAACAAAAAGAGGAUACCUUUCUGAACACCAGAGACUUCAUACUAGAGAGAAGCCCUACAAAUGUGAAGAAUGUGGGAAAGGCUUUCAUCGAAGAGCACACCUCACUGAACACCGGAGAAUUCAUAGUGGAGAGAAGCCCUACAAAUGUAAGAAAUGUAGCAAAGCUUUUAAUGCUCAUUCAGCCUUUUCCACACAUCAGAAAAUUCAUACAGGAGAGAAGCCCUACAAAUGUGAAACAUGUGGCAAAGCUUUUAAUCGAAGAGCACACCUUACUCGACACCAGGGAAUUCAUCAUGGAGAGAAGACCUACAAAUGUAAGGAAUGUAGCAAAGCUUUUAGGGAUCAUUCAUCCCUUACCAAACACCAGAGAAUUCAUACCGGAGAGAAGCCCUACAAAUGUAAUGAGUGUGGGAAAGAUUUUACUCAAAGCUCAACCCUUACUCAACACCAGAGAAUUCAUACAGGAGAGACACCCUACAAAUGUAAAGAAUGUGGGAAAAGUUUUACUCAAAGAACAUGCCUUACUCAACACCAGAGAAUCCAUGCAGGAGAGAAGCCCUACAAAUGUGAAGGGUGUGGGAAAGAUUUUACCCAAAGAUCACACCUUACUCAGCACCAGAAAAUUCAUGCAGGAGAGAAGCCCUACAAAUGUGAAGAAUGUGGGAAAAGUUUUACUCAAAGACCACAUCUUACUCAACACCAGAAAAUUCACACUGGAGAGAAGCCCUACAAAUGUAAUGAAUGUGGGAAAGGUUUUCCUCAGAGUUCAGGCCUUACUCAACACCAAAGAAUUCAUGAAGGAGAGAAACUCUACAAAUGUAAUGAGUGUGGAAAAGGUUUUACUCAAAGCUCACACCGUACUCAACACCAGAGAAUUCAUGCAGGAGAGAAGCCCUAUAAAUGUAAUGAGUGUGGGAAAGCUUUUAAUCUAAGAGCAUACCUUACUCAACACCAGAGAAUUCAUACCGGAGAGAAGCCCUAUAAAUGUAGUGAUUGUGGGAAAAGUUUUACUCAAAGCUCACAACUUACUCAACACCAGAGAAUUCAUGCAGGAGAGAAACCCUAUAAAUGUGAAGAAUGUGGCAAAGGUUUUAAUCAAAGAGCAUACUUUACACAACACCAGAGAAUCCAUACUGGAGAGAUGCCCUACAAAUGUGAAGAAUGUGGAAAAAGUUUUACUCAAAAAACAUGCCUUACUCGACACCAGAGAAUUCAUGCAGGAGAGAAGCCCUACAAAUGUAAAGAGUGUGGCAAAGGUUUUACUCAAAGCUCACACCGUACUCAACACCAAAGAAUUCAUGCAGGUGAGAAACCCUACAAAUGUGAAGAAUGUGGGAAAGGUUUUACUCAAAAACCACAUCUUACUCAACACCAGAAAAUUCAUACUGGAGAGAAGCCCUUCAAAUGUAAUGAAUGUGGGAAAAGUUUUACUCAAAGCUCAAACCUUACUCAACAUCAGAGAAUUCAUGCUGGAGAGAAGCCCUUCGCAUGUGAAGAAUGUGGAAAAAUUUUUACUCAAAGACCACACCUUACUGAACAUCAGAAAAUUCAUACUAGAGAGAAGUCCUGCAAAUGUUAAUAUUUUGCUAAAGACUUUAAAAAUGGUUCAACUCUUAUUAUACACUACAUGAAUAAUAGGAGAGUGAAAUUAUACAAAGACCCAAAUGUGACACUCUGUCUAUAGUUGUUAAUUCCUUACUCACUGAAGCACUGAGUAAUGGGGAGAGAUAAUACAAGUGUAAAAACUGUUGCAGACCUCAGCAAUUUCUCAAACAUUGCUUAUCACUGGAGAAUUCAUAAUGCAUAGAAACCCUAAACAAUUUAAAUACCAUGUCCAAGUCUUUUCUCAAAUUUCAAACAUUCUUUAACAUUAGAAACCUGAUAUCUAUAGAAAAUGUAGAAAGACAUUUGCCUGAAAUAAAAUGCCUUAUAUUUAGAUAUAAGGCCAAUUGAUAACAGCAAAAUAUCUAUACUGAAUAAAUCCCUUGGAAAAUAUUUUAAAAUAUGGCAAAGCCCUUAUCUGUACCUCAUAACUUGAAGUGAGAAGAAAAUGAGGAAUUGCCUUUAACUUUAAAAAAAAUGUUUUUAGUA